AUGUUAUGCUUGGUACCACAUAAUUUUGCCAAAUUUGUUGUCAUUGUUGGUAUCUUAAUUCUAUCAGCCGAUUUCGUUUAUUAUAUUUUUGUGCCGAAAAAUCUUCAAAUAAGAUUUCCGUCACCAGACGGAUCAAUGUCAAUUCUUGAAUUUCGUUUAUCGACAUGCUUUUAUACGACAUUAACUGCCGGUAUCACAAGUUUAAUCUAUGGUGGAAUAUUGGUAAUUUUACAAGCAAAAUCACUGUAUACAUUAAGAACUUUUAUCACUUGUCAUGCUGAUAAGCAAUGUUGUAAAGUGAUGAAGUGUGAAAGCAACAGUAUGUUAUCACUUACGCCACCAAGUUCAACUUUAACAAUCCCAAGUGAAGAAGCAACAAUCAAUUUGACUAGACGGGAUAACGUUUUUACCGGAAUGUUUUUUUCACCACCGGAAAGAUUUUAA